GUGACGGAGCUGGAGCAGAGCGUGCAGGAGGCGACGGCGGCGCUGCGGCGCGCGGAGGAGGAGAAGGCGGCGCUGGCUGCGCGCGCGGCACAGCUGUCGGAGGCGCUGGCGGCGGCGGACGGCGCCGUGGAGCGCCUCACGCACGAGGCGCAGCACGAGUUGCGGCCGCGCAUCGCGCACGAGCGCCGCCUCAACGCCGACCUGCAGCGCGAGCUGCGCCUCAAGGCGGACGCCGCCGACGCCCUGCACGACGCCUUCGACAAGGACAUUGAAAAAUUGAAGUGCCAAAUCUCUCGCUUGGAGAAGGAAAAUUCACAGCUCAAUAAAGAGAGUGACGAACUAAAAAUUGGCAUGGAGAGAUUACAAACCAUUUUGAAGGAACAGCAGGAGCACCUCGUGGAAGAAAGAGAACAGAGUGAGAAAGCAUUGGCCAAUAUCAGCAAUGCUCUUGCUGAGAAAGAAAGAGAACUUCAAAGAGUACUUGCCUUAACAAGGGAUGAAGACGUGAGGAGUGCUCAGGAAGAACUUGAAGAAGCAGAAGCAUCAUUUAGCCCAUCACAAAUGCACAAAUCAACAGACAUUGAAUCUGAAGAUGAGACCAAUGUGCCUCAAUACUCAACAUUCCCCAGAACAUCUCGUGAGAAAACCUUACUUCCUCCUAUUAAACCACCUCGGAGAGUUAAGAAAGCUGAUAUCCGAAAAGCAAAAGUAGCAAUGUCAAGCAAAUCUUGUUCCUUGGAAUCAAUAACUAAUACUCAGGUAACUGCAGAAGUGGGGUUCAAAGGAAGAAAUAGAUCUCUCCAAGAUAUUACGGCUGAGGGUCUUACAGGAAGUUUUUUGAUGAUCAGCCCAGACAGAAAUGAAAGAGCUCCUACACCUAUUCCUAACUCUAAACGUGAGGCAAAUAGUACAAAGAAACCAUACAUGAAUUACUUAUCUACUGCAGAAGUCAACAAGUGCCAAACCCCUCCUGAAAAUGUAUGCAAACCCGCAGUUAGAGGUUGGAGAUCGCAACCAGAGAGUCUUCGUAAACCAAGGUGGCUGACUGAACUCUCCGUUAGAGUUAACGAAUCUUCCAGGAAUCGACCUCUGUCUUUCCCCAUCAAGCGCAGUAUAUUAUAUUGGGACAAUAUAAACCCAAAACUGCAGCUGAAAUUCAGCUCAUGAAGACAUGCAGUGGUGCUACAUUACACAACAGAGCUGUGAUAAUAUGAGAAAGUAUGGCACUUUAAUGAUGAAAAUUAUUAAACAGUUUUGUAACAUAUUUAAUGUUACUGAAAAAGUAUUAGAGCACAUCACAUUAUUAUACAUAUUUGAAAGUGUGAAGUGCAAAAAUAAUAACUUUUAUGAAGAUAUAAUUAAUUAAGAAAACUGUCUGUUCAAAUGUACUUAAUUACAUAGAUCUAUCCUGUUCAUCUUAUCAAUUUGAGCUUUGUGACGAUUGAGAUAUCAUAAGAUAUAGGAGCUCAUGAAUGCUUGCAUUGCCAUACAGUGUAUAACUAAUCAUAUUGAGUCAGACAUUUGCACUGACAUUUAUGCCAUUUUUUGGCUCUUGUCAAAGUUAGAAUUGAAAUAUAUGAAGACAUUGUUAUUUUUGUGCAGUAAAUGGAGUGUAACAAUGGUCUUCAUGUCUUGCCUUCAUUUUUGACAAAUACUCAUUUUGCAUACUUAAAGUAAAGUAAAAUAAAUAUCGCUGUAAAGGAAGAAAGAUUCAUCUUAGAGUUAAAAUAUUAAAAAGAAUUCAUUGGCAUAUUUUGAAAGAAAAGUGGGGUUUUAUUUAAUUGUCCAAUUGUCCAUUGUUUAUUAUCUGAAGUUGCAUUUUCGUUCAUCCAAUUUUUUACAGUUUUAAAGAAUGUUGCACUUUUAAAAUCAUUAUUUAACUGAUAUUUUGUAAUAACUGAACAUUAUGAUUUGAAAAUAUACUUUACUUGAAAAUACACUCCCUUGUGUAAUAAAUUAUAUAUUGUACAGCUGUAACAUAGAAUUGUAUUAAAGGAAUUAAGCUCUGCCAUUACGAUCUUGAAAUGUCUGUUUGUACCCCUUUGUGAAAACUGGCAAGUUCAUUUGGUACAACUCUCAGUCAUUGCCAAAUGACUUAUGGAUGAGUUGGUCCCCCAGCUUUUCGUUUCCUUUUGAUUCUUUACAUGAAAUUAUUUUGCAAUGUUUUCACAGUUGAGGAAACUCGUGAAAGGAAAUUACUAGUGCAUAGUAAUGUUCUAUUUCAAGAAGUUUUCCAAGUAUAUAACAAAAUUUCAAUUUAUUAAAUAUUAGAUUUUAUGUUAGUAGUAGCAUUUAUAUUUAAUCAACAUUUUAAGAGUCUAUUAAUAAAAAAAUAAUAUUUGGCUUCCUUUACGUUGCAAAAGUUUCUUUUUGAUAUUUAUUUUUCCUUUUAUAUGACAGAGCUUAUUCGAAUUAAAUUUGAUAUUCAUGUAUAUAGUUGCAAAGAAUAAUUCCUGUAGUUUGUGACAGAAGGUAAGCCAGCAAGUAAGUUUUCAUCUUAUUUGGGGGUUUUCUUUUCUGCUCUAGUCUAAAUUCUUUGGCAAAACAAGUAUUACUGAGUUUUCUAUUGUACAGAUAGUUUAUUUUUUUAUGUUGUUUGUAGAGUUCAAAUAUUCUCUUACAAAACUGUAAUAUGAAUUUUUAAAUUGUUUUAAAUAAAUAUUUGUUUUUAACAUGUGUAUAGAGAAAAUGUUUUCAAUGGUACAAUGGUCUACUAAUAACAACUGUAGAUCAAAUGAUUUCCAGAAUGUAAAAUAAGAAUGAAAUAAAUAUAUUUUCUAACACA